CCCUUUAUCCCAUGAACUCUACUCCCAUCAACGGCUGUCAUCAAGUCCGUACCAAAUACUCCACUGACUAAACCACACAUCAUAUCAUUUCUCUCUCUCUCUUCCUCUCUGGUAUCGUAAAUCGCAAUCACCACUUUCGUCCGUUCUUCUCGUGUCAUGAAGUCCGAACGCGCGCAGUCUGGAACUUAUAUCUAUGCAUAAUACUACACAGUUAUAUGUAUGUAUAGAGAGAGAAGGCUGCGGUGAGAGGGAGAUCGAGAAAUCUAGAUCUCGGAGCCGGAGGAGUGUAGUAGCUGCGGGGAAGCCGACCUGACCUCACCUGAGCUGCCGUGUUACGGAGAGAUAGGUAUCGGAGAGCUAUGGAGGUCGCGAGGGUUCCGGCGAUGCCGCGAUGGAUCUCGUGUUGCUUCCUUGUAUUCCUUUUCUUCGCCGAGGUUCGCUCUUUCUACCUCCCCGGUGUCGCGCCUCAGGAUUUCCAGAAGGGUGAUCCUCUCAAGGUGAAAGUUAACAAACUGACCUCUACCAGAACUCAGCUUCCUUAUUCCUACUAUUCCCUUCCUUACUGUAAGCCAGAUCGCAUUGUAGACAGUGCAGAGAAUCUUGGUGAAGUUCUUCGUGGUGAUCGCAUUGAGAACUCUGUUUAUGAGUUUCGUAUGAGGGAACCACAGAUGUGCAGUAUUGCAUGUCGUCUUACUCUUAAUGCAAAAACUGCCAAAGAAUUUAAGGAGAAGAUAGAUGAUGAAUAUCGGGUGAACAUGAUUUUGGAUAAUCUUCCUCUUGUUAUGCCCAUGAAGAGGCCUGAUCAGGAAUCUAUCAUCUAUCAACAUGGUUUCCAUGUUGGUCUUAAAGGAAUAUAUGCCGGGAGCAAGGAGGAGAAAUAUUUUAUCCACAACCAUUUGACAUUCACUGUCAAGUUUCACAAGGAUGCACAAACUAAUGCUGCAAGAAUUGUUGGAUUUGAAGUCAAACCUUUCAGUGUGAAACAUGAAUAUGAUGAUCAAUGGAAUGGCAAAAAUACAAGACUAACAACCUGUGAUCCUCAUGCCAAACGCACAGUUACCAGCUCUGAUUCUCCCCAAGAAGUUGAUGAUAAGAAGGAAAUAAUUUUCACAUAUGAUGUCGAAUUUGAGGAGAGUGAAAUCAAGUGGGCAUCAAGAUGGGACACCUAUCUUCUGAUGACUGAUGAUCAGAUUCACUGGUUCUCAAUUGUAAAUUCUUUGAUGAUUGUUCUUUUCCUCUCGGGAAUGGUGGCUAUGAUCAUGCUACGAACUCUCUACCGUGAUAUCUCCAAAUACAACCAGUUGGAGACCCAGGAAGAAGCUCAAGAGGAAACGGGAUGGAAGCUGGUCCAUGGGGAUGUUUUCAGACCUCCAACAAACUCAGAUUUGCUGUGUGUGUAUGUUGGGACGGGUGUUCAGUUCUUUGGGAUGACACUAGUGACUAUGAUUUUUGCUCUUCUAGGAUUCUUGUCUCCUUCAAAUCGAGGAGGAUUAAUGACAGCUAUGCUUCUUGUGUGGGCUUUCAUGGGUGUGUUGGCUGGGUAUGCAUCUGCCCGUCUCUACAAGAUGUUCAAGGGAUCUGAAUGGAAGAAAAUCACACUUCAGACGGCUUUCAUGUUUCCUGGAGUAUUCUUUGCCAUUUUCUUUGUGCUGAAUGCUCUAAUUUGGGGUGAGAAAUCAUCAGGGGCAGUGCCAUUCGGAACAAUGUUUGCAUUGGUGUUCUUGUGGUUUGGCAUCGCGGUCCCACUUGUUUUUGUUGGUAGUUAUGUAGGAUUUAAGAAGCCAGCUAUUGAGGAUCCUGUCAAAACGAAUAAAAUUCCAAGACAAAUACCAGAGCAGGCCUGGUAUAUGAAUCCAGUUUUCUCCAUCUUGAUCGGGGGCAUACUCCCAUUCGGUGCAGUAUUUGUCGAGCUCUUUUUCAUCCUCACAUCCAUCUGGCUGCAGCAGUUCUACUACAUCUUCGGUUUCCUCUUCAUCGUGUUUGUCAUCCUCAUUAUCACCUGCGCGGAGAUCACCAUCGUUCUCUGCUACUUCCAGCUGUGCAGCGAGGACUACCUCUGGUGGUGGAGGUCGUACCUCACUUCAGGUUCCUCAGCCGUCUACCUCUUCCUUUAUGCAGCAUUCUACUUCUUCACCAAGCUCGAGAUCACAAAGCCCGUCUCUGGUAUCCUCUACUUCGGGUACAUGCUAAUUGCUUCAUACGCUUUCUUUGUGCUGACGGGGACAAUUGGAUUCUAUGCAUGCUUUUGGUUCACAAGGCGCAUCUACUCAUCAGUGAAGAUUGACUAAAUCUGUGAGUCCUUGUAUAAACCCUAAAACUCAUCAAGAAAGUAUCUUCUUCUCAUAGGUGGAUCAAAUUGUAUUUUUAAUAUUGUUGCCGACUGUUUCAGAGUUUUGAUUGUAGAAAUUUGCUUUUGUUUGUAACCAACCUCCUCCUCCAGGAUAUACUUUUUUAGGGUUCUUUUGUAACUUGUCAUGGAGAAACAUUUUGAGAGGAACGCAGGCGAGUCUGCAUUGCCACUACGAAGAAUAUUUAGGAUUGUUAAAAGCAAACUAAUCCUUUUUUGAUUACUA